AAUUUUCAAAGUGACAUGUCGCCAAAAAUGGAACGAUAACUAAGCAAUACUGUGUUUAGUUAUAAAAAUAAAUUAGUGCAAAGUUCUGCAGAAGUACCAAUAACUUUUGAAGAGCAAAAGGUCACUUGAUAACGGCAAGUUGUUAUUCAACUAUUCGGGUAAAGAACAAAACAUAACUUGUCACCGACGAAAGGAUUUAUCCCAAGUGGUAAAAUAAAUAAUAUAAAAGAUUUUUGAUAUUCACCAAAAAAAUAAUAUUCCGCACUCACGUACGGGCUUUCUUUUAUUUUAUCAGAAGUAUAAGCAGGCAUUUGGAACUACCAAACGAAAGCUACUAAAAAUCACUUCGAUAAAUUCACAUUUCUGAGUUGUUUUUGAGCAGUCUACCACUUUUUUUGCGUUGAGAGCCAGUGCAGAAUUUCUUUUUUGGCAUAAAAACGUAGCGCUUAUUGUGCAAUUUCCCAGGUCCUUUCGAAAGCGUCAGUUGCAAAUUCAUUCGAAACAUAUGGUAAAUUCAUGUGUUAUGUGGCGAAUGGGCAGGCAAAUGAAAGAACAUGCAAAAGGAAAUGUGAAUGAGGGAAUUGCAUAUUGCAUGCAAAUGUGCACAUAAAACUUUGAUUCAUUUUACAAAUGUUAAAAUACAAAAGAUUUUAUGUAUAUAUAGAUUGCACAAGAAUGUAUACAUUAUAUUAUAUAAGAAAAUGUGAAUGACGUAAGUGCCAAGAAAUUUCAAAACUGAGAGUUUAUUCAUUAAGCUUUCAUAAUAAUUCAUUUCAGUAAUAGUAGCUUACACGCUAACUCAUUAUACCCUGAACAAGUUUGUAACACACAAAAGCAAACGUCGGAGACCCUACACAAUAUAUAUAAUAUAUAAUAUAUAAUUAUUAUUUAUAUAUAUUAUUUUAUUCAUUAUUGCAAUUGUAAUUAGUCAGAAUGACGAGCUGAGUCGAUUUAGUAAUGUCCGUCUGUAUAUAUGAGAAUCGGUCCCUAGUUUUCUCACCUUUUCACACCAAGAACUGUCAUUUCUCAGAACCGCCGAUAUCGGACGACUAUAUCAUAUAGUUGUCAAAUAAACUGAACGAUCGGAAUCCAGUGCUUGUAUGGAAAUCUUUUUUGUUUAACAAGGUAUCUUCUUGAAAUAUUGCAUGGAUUUUGUCUAAAGCAUUAAUGUAUUCACCGAAGAAAUUUUUCCGACAUAUAAGUCAGUUUGCAUGACAGCUAUAAAUGCAAACUGGCCGAUCGAACUCAAGUCGUUCUAUGGAAUCCUUUUUUAUUUGACAAGGUAUCAUGGCAUAGACUGUUGUUGACUGCAUCGCUACAAUCUCCAAAGAAAUUGUCCAGAUCGGACCACUGUAGCAUAUAGUUGUCAUAUAAAUUGACCGAUCAAAAUCAAGGUAAAGAUCUUUUUAUACCUCUUUAUGCUAUGAAAAAUGUACAUGUUUUAUAGUUUCGGUGCUUUUCUUGAUUAUUCGUAUAAACACUAACACAGAUUGUGAGGUCGUUGUGUAGAAGAAAUUGUGACUUUUGUAGUAGUUGACAAUUCUUGGCCGGAUACUAAUUCGGGUCCGUUUUCGUUACGUAUGUAUGCCCGAAUGUUGUGGAAACGGUUGUAGGUUUCAUUAAUCUAUUGUCAAACAGUAUUUAUUUCUGAAAAUUAACAGUUCCGAAACUACAAAAAAAAAACUACGGAAUACUGUUAAAUUUAUCUCUGUAACUACCCGUGGUGGCAUCAUUACUCAUUUUACAUUAAAAGUUUAGCAGGAAACCUUAUUCCAUCGAAUGCUCAAGUUUAACCAAUACUUGGUUUAAGCGCUAUGAAGAGCAAAAUUCGGAGCUUGACGUCGGUAGACUUUUGAAUGAUUAGCAGUGGAAUUGAGAUCAAAAAUUGGAUUAAGAGUUGGUCACAAAAGCCAUAUGAAAGAAAUCGUGUUUUAUUCGUUUUGAAACCAACAACAUAUUCAAAAUAAUGAAUUUGUAUAAUUUUUAAAAUAAAUCAUUAUAAAACAUAUUUCUUAAAACAUAGCAGAAGAAAUAUAAUCACAAGAAGAAGGCAGUUAAAAUGCAAACGAUGAAUUCGAUUCGGAAAUGGAUUAAAAAUCGUAACUAUAUUUCUGACCAAUGACAGGUCUAUACAAAUCAUAGUAAAUUAUUACUAUUAAUAUUAUGCUGUUAUAUUAUUAUUAUUAUAUGUUACAAAGUUUCAUUAAAAAUAAUUUCAUUCAUGAAAGUUUUCGCAUGCCAGUUAAUUAUCGGCAAAAUAUGUCUGAAGCAAUAAAAAUUUCUAUUGAAAAAUAAAUAAUUUCUCUUUAUUUUUGAAAAGAGCCUAUACAACAUUUCCCAGACAGUAACUGUCUACUUUCAUAACAAUUAACAGCCUUAAUUCCCGGAAUUCAUAAUAAAAACGAUUUUCUUCUUUUGAAGAUUUGCUAAGGUUUAGGCACCUGUUAAAUUUGAUUGCAUCAUUAUCAAUAGCUUAGGUAAUUUUCUGUAGCCGUACGCUAAAUGCAAAUACUUUUUGUCUAAUCUUUUGAGCAAGCGCUGCGAAAGGUUAGCUACCGUAGACGCUAUAAUGGCGAUACCUGUCACUUGGCUGUGCUACCCGCGUGCAAACGCGAAAUCCGUGGGUUUGCCUGUAUGGUCUGGUAUAAAAAGGAAAUUUUUUACACAACUCAUUCAGUUGUGGGAAAAACCCAGCAUUCAGCGAGUCCUGACAAUUAACUGAGCGGUGGAAAUUCCCAAGUUUCUACAGAUUUUCAUAAUAAACUCAAUCAAUUCUGGCCAAAAACAUUCAAGCCACUUGGGGAAAACCAAAUGUACCAGGCUUUGGAGUAAACCAUAAGAUUAUAGCGUAAUUAAAGAGUCAACGUAACAAAAACAAAAAUAUGUUUUUUCUUCACUUGCGAUUAGAGAUCGUUCUCUUGGGCGUUUUAUUGAUUAUUAAACACAUUGGCAGUCGUCCAAUAACAGAUAUCGAAACGGAAAUAGUGUUGGACGACCUCUUUGAGAUGGGAACUGGCUUUUAUGUGUUCAACACAACGAAAGAACAAUCAACCGUUGAUGCUAUCAAUUGCCCCGAACGACUGAAAGGCCAGACAUUCUGUACCGAGGUGACAAAUUAUUUGGAAGCAACACAAUUGAAUAAAUUUAGUACAGAGGAAUUUGAAAAGUUCAAACCAUAUUUCAAAGAUGAUUUCGUACAACCAAUAAAUGUGACGAAUCGUAUGAACGAUGACAUUGAUGAGAGCUACUAUUGUGACAGUAAAACACGAUUGGUUUAUCCGAAGGUAGCCGAAACUGUGGAAUCGAAAUGGCUAAUGGUUGUGCAACACGAACAAUACAAGCAAGGCGUUCUAGUGGAGCAAUGCGAAAAUGAAGAUGCGCCGUGCAAAUUUGACGAUCUCUUACCACUCGGCGUGAAAUCAAGAUGUAAGCAACAUUUUGUUUAUAGAAGUUUAGUGGUGCUGGUGGAUGGCGUCAUGCAUGAGCGCAUGGUGAGGUUGCCCAACGCAUGCAAAUGUUCGUUGCGGGAUAUGAGGAGGAGUUGAAAAUGGGGAAACUGCUUAUUUAUUAAUUAUUGUUCCUUAAAUAAUUCUCAGAAUUAUUUGUACAGUCAUGUGGUAGAAAAUAGUUCAUAGAAUGUUUUGUUAAUUUGUUAAAUAAGUAUGAAAUAAACUAUAAAUAUAAUAAUACA